UACAAGUAGUAGACACAAUGCCGAGUAAGCUAGCAAAUCUUGUAGCCAUUCUCGUAGCAUUAGCUACUUGCGUUCAGGGGCAGCCUGCGCUUAGACCUCAGCCAUCAGGUGGACAUCGCAUCGUCGGUGGAUUCGAGAUCGACAUCUCCGACACUCCGUACCAGGUGUCGCUACAGUACCUUGACAGUCUUCGAUGUGGAGGAUCGGUGCUGAACAGUAAAUGGAUUCUUACUGCAGCUCACUGCACGGAUAAUAUACCACCAUACGCUCUGGUUGUUCGUUACGGAUCAUCGAGACACGAGUCCGGUGGAACGGUUGUGUUAGUUAAACGCAUCGUGCAGCAUCCAAGCUACAAUAGUGGCACUAUCGACUAUGACUACUCAUUGCUGGAAGUGGAAGACGAGCUUACCUUUAGCGAUGUGGUACAACCGAUUGCUCUACCGGAGCAGGAUGAAGCUGUGAUGGAUGGAACUAUGGCGACCGUCUCCGGUUGGGGUUACACCCAUAAUGCUGCUGAGUCUAACGCUGUUCUACGGGCAGCCAACGUGCCGACCGUGAGCCAACACGAUUGUUCGAUGGCUUACUCGAUCGAAAUAAUCACCGAUCGUAUGCUGUGCGCUGGAUACCAGCAGGGCGGUAAGGACGCUUGCCAGGGAGAUUCGGGAGGUCCGCUCGUUGCUGAUGGGAAGCUGAUUGGAGUUGUUUCUUGGGGCGUUGGCUGUGCUCAGGCUGGAUAUCCGGGAGUGUACUCGCGCGUGGCCACUGUUCGGGAUUGGAUUCGGGAAAACAGUGGAGUGUAAAUUAUAAGUUAAUGCGUAAUGUACAUCAGUAAUGCAGAAAUAAAUUGAACAAAUAUGACAAAAAGCAA